CGCGUCGCAAGUUGUUCUCACACAAUGGAAGACCUCGAAUUUCAGUUCGACUUUGAAAAUGAUUUGAAUGCUGACCUGGAACAACCAGAAGAGGCGCCGCAAUCAAUGCCUGAGAACGCCCGAAAAAAUUAUCGCCAGACCGUAUGCCGUCACUGGCUUCGUGGAUUGUGCAUGAAAGGCAACCACUGUGGUUUCUUGCACCAAUUUGAUAAGCAACGAAUGCCUACUUGUCGUUUUUUUGCCAAAUACAGCGAAUGCAAGGAACCAGAUUGCCCCUUUAAGCAUUCUCUAGAGGAUGUUAAAGACUGCAACAUGUUUAAACUCGGUUUUUGCAUCCAUGGACCGAACUGUAGAUAUCGGCAUCCCCGAAGUUCUAGUGAACACCCUUCGAUAAGUGAUUCGGCUUUGAUUGGUCGCCCUGGCCAUCUGCAUGGUGCUCCCUCACACCUGCAGCGGCACCACUUGGACUUAACUAAGCAGAAAAGUGAACAACGCACAUGCAGACUAGUUGGAGGAGGAGCGCCUCCGCUCCCGCCUGGUCCACCGCCUUCAGAUGUAAGAGUUGUACAACAUCUCUCCAAGCUGCCAGCGUCGCAUAAGUCCACAUCAUAACAUUUACUAGUCUAUGUAACGCGUUGUAUCUUGAGAUACACAAGUUCACACUCUUCAAUGAGCCCAUAUUGUGCACUGCUUCGACAAGAUGCAUUAUCUGCAUUUAGUUAUUGGUGUAUGUAUUUGUAUUUGUCUACUCAUUCCGUCCACGCGAGAUCUGGCGUUCUCCAAACCGCGGUGCUAAACUCUGGGAAGAACGCUUUUGUGAAGUUCCUCACGCCGCGGUGAGGACACUGUAAUUCUAUGAAACAAGAUUGGGACGAUCUGGGGUCGCACUACGGCAGUACUCACGACAGUGUUCUCAUCGUCGACGUAGACUGCACUGCAGGCGGUCAAGGGACAUGCCAGAAGAUGGGCGUGCAGGGCUACCCGACGAUCAAGUAUUUCAUGGCAAGGCAGACUUUCCUGACUUCACUCUCCCUUCAAACCUAUCAUCGAUACCUCUUCAGUACUGUCACCAAUAUCUCUCCCCUCCCCCUCCAAUCCCCUCUGAAAAAGAAACAAUUACUGCAUUCCUGCAUAUCUGGUUCGAUCGUAUACUGGUGGUCUUACUGUCUAUGAUUCGGUUACACGUAGAGACAAGUAAGGAAAAAUUUACCAGAAAUACAAAUAUCGUAUUCUGUACCUCCAUACAAGUUACUUUCGUAGUAUUUGUUUAAAAGUACGAUGUUGUGCAGUCUACACCUUGAAACCUUGAUUGCUAUAGGCUUUAGGUUAAGAAUUAAAUUGAGAAUACACUACUAAGGCUAUCUUCGAAGGCAGACGCAUGUAGAAGAUGGUAAUUUUUUACUAGCGCUUCGCCAAGUUUAUGAUGCCUCUGAACUCUGAAACAUUUUCGUCCUGCUGUACGCAUGGCCCAGAGAACAUAAAAUUGUUCAGAUUAAGUAAACUGUACUUUCGAAACUACUCCUAUCUAAUAAUUCGAUCAAGCGAAGGAUCCAGAUGAAGACGCGUGCCUGUCAUAGACUACUGCACAGCUUAAUAUCGAUUAUCGAAGGCUGGUGAGAAUGGUGAGUCGUAAACACCGAGGCAAACUUCUGUUGAAGCAAGAUGCACACUGGAGUCAACCAUGCGAGAAGAAGUCUAAAGCCAAAAAGGAAUUAUGAUAAGAAAGGCUCCUGCAAAUUGAAAUAAAAACACCUACUUCUCUUCGAAGUUGGCAGCCCAUUAUGUUAUCAUAACGGUUGUACAUACGUUGCCGAAAAUCUUGAUCGAGAACAAAAACAGACUGUAGAUAAAACUUUCGACUGAAGAAAUCGUGGAUUCGACGUCUGCUCGAACUUCCCCUCCAGCAUUUCUGUAUCUCCGUUGCAGCUCGAUGAAAGUGCUUCAGCCUUUCAACGUAAGCUAACUGCGCUGCACAUGCAACAGAGUUACACAUCAUUUAAGCGAAAUCGUGGAGUGUUUCGUGUAAAACAAAGCAUAGUCAACAAAAAAGACAGCUUGCCUCUAAGGAGAAGCUGUGCGCUCGCUUUCUGCCACAGAAGCCGCGAAAACAUGUUUGUAUACGAAGACUUGCAAUCUUUAACCUCUUAAAUUGUUGUCGUAUCGAGUAGGAGCGCCACUGACUCUGAAUGCGAGCAAUUGCUCGCACUUCUUGAGUGUUCAAUGUUGCUGCUUCUCUGAACUCGAGUUUGUCAGUACAGAAACAGGCAAAGCAGAGAAAAACACCUUGAAGUUAAUUACCUUGAAAAGAUAAAAUGUUCGACACAAACUGUUUCAAGGGCACUCCUCAGCUUUCUUUCGCUUGACAUCUCCGAAAGUUGAACCAAGCAGCAAGAAAAGUCCAGUGUAAACC